GGAAGCGCUCUCUGUGCUUAAGGCUCUGUUACGUGCGCAAAAUAGUAAAUAACGACCGUGCGUGUGUAUUGAACAAACAAAAAAGAAAUCACAUUUCCCCCCGUGGCGGCUACGUGGAGACUUGUGUCAGAUCGCGGUUUUGUUGCUGACCACCUCCUCAGCAGCUUGUCUCGUGGACUUUGACGGGGACGACGUGCAAGGACAAACCGCCACUCCGGGAAGCAGUAACUCUGCGCCGCAGCGGACCGGGGAAACAACCCGCAGAUCAACAUUUUUUUCUCUCUCUCUCUCCCUCUCCCUUUUUUUUUCUUUUCAAUUUGAAAUCACUCACUUUGGAUGUACCUUCUCGACACACCUGGAUCUUUUCUUUUCCCUCCGCUGUGAACAGUUUCCCUGCUGAAGAUCACCGUGACUCACUGCGGGCUGAAGGCGAGCCGCUGCAUCCUAAUCAGACAGCGGAGAGGACUUCAGCUCAUUGACAUUACAGUCAUACUUUUCUGGAGCACUUUUUUUCUUUUUUCUUUUUCUCUUUUUUUUUUUUAUUUCCACUGCGCUGCACUGUAGCCUGCUUGUGCAUCGGAGGCUUCUUCUCCCCCUCCAGCUCAGAGAGGGGAAAGGAGGGAUGCGGAGGCAACCCACCGAAAAUGUUAGGGGAUGAAACUCUACCUGAGCCCGACUGGAGCUGACUCUUUUCAUUCCGUCCUUCUGGUUUUUUUGGAGUAUUAGUGCAAAUUCUUUUUGGUGGUAAGAGCGAACACUCACAAUGACUAUUCUGUUUGGAGACUGGAUUGCGAUUAUUGCUCAGAUGAGUCUGGGUGCUCAGCUGAAUAUAAAUUAGGUAUUCAGCACCACAGAUUGCUCGCAGAGGAGGAGAGCGACAGAGCAAAGACAAUCUAUAAAGACAAAUGUCAAGGCCUCACACGAUGAACAGAACUCUUCAUUUGAUCCCGAAUAACAGAAAUACCAAAUUUGGACAAAAUAUCAACAGGUCGAAGGAGGCGUAAGCACGACACACACUGCAGCAGCUUUUACUGAGUGGAGAUGUAUCUUUCUAUUUUCUUUUUUCUCCUUUUGUGGGCUCAAGCCCUGACAUUGAAAAACUUGAAUUACUCUGUCCCGGAGGAACAGGGACCAGGGACAGUGAUUGGGAACAUUGCCAAAGAUGCCAGACUUGGACUCGAACAGAGUGGGCAGGGAGGACAGGGUAAGAAAGCCAACUUCAGAGUACUGGAGAACUCAGCCCCGCAUCUGAUCGACGUGGACCCCCAAAGUGGACUGCUGUACACAAAGCAGCGCAUCGACAGGGAAACCUUGUGUAAGCGAAACCCCAAGUGCCAGCUCUCCAUGGAGGUGUUUGCCAAUGACAAAGAAAUCUGUAUGGUCAAAAUAGAUAUUCAGGACAUUAACGACAACUCACCUACUUUUCCCUCAGACCAGAUUGAUAUUGACAUUUCAGAAAAUGCAGUGCCAGGAACACGUUUUCCCCUGACCAGCGCUCAUGAUGCAGAUGCAGGAGACAACGGCUUGAAGACCUAUCAAAUAACACGCGAUGACUACAAUCUCUUUUCCUUGGAGGUGAAAUCCCGCGGUGACGGGACUAAAUUCCCAGAAUUAGUUAUUGAACGUCCACUGGACCGAGAGGAGCGAAGCCGUCACACUCUUAUUUUGUCAGCCACUGAUGGGGGUGAAUAUCCUCGGUCAGGUACCAUGCAGAUUAAUGUAAAAGUUAUUGAUUCCAAUGAUAACAGCCCUGUGUUUGAUCAGCCCUCUUAUGUGGUGGAAAUUCCUGAAAACUCACCUCCUGGUAAAGUGCUGAUCGAUUUAAACGCCACAGAUCCCGAUGAGGGCAACAACGGACAGGUAGUCUAUUCUUUCAGUGGGUAUGCCCCAGAGAGAAUCCGCGAGCUCUUCUCCAUAGAUUCCAGAACAGGGGUCAUAAAGAUUCAGGGUGAAAUUGACUAUGAAGAGAGUCCAGUUAUUGAGAUUGACGUCCAGGCAAAAGAUCUAGGUCCCAAUCCAAUCCCAGGCCAUUGUAAAGUCACAGUGAAAGUGCUUGACAGGAAUGAUAACUGGCCAUCUAUAGGCUUUGUGUCUGUGAGACAGGGCGCCAUCAGUGAGGCAGCACCUCCAGGCACUGUCAUUGCUCUGGUCCGUGUCACAGACAAGGACUCAGGCAGAAAUGGGCAGCUUCAGUGCAGAGUGCUCGGUAAUGUCCCUUUUAAACUUGAGGAGAACUAUGAUAACUUCUACACCGUGGUGACAGACAGACCUUUAGACAGGGAGGUGCAGGAUGAGUACAAUGUCACCAUUGUGGCCAAAGACAACGGCAUUCCUCCUCUAAAUUCCACGAAAUCCUUCACUGUAAAGAUUUUGGAUGAGAAUGACAAUAUUCCCCGCUUCACAAAAUCAGUCUACCUUCUUCAGAUUGCUGAGAACAACAUCCCUGGAGAGUACCUGGGUUCAGUUCUGGCACAUGACCCAGACCUUGGUCAGAAUGGCACAGUGUACUACAGCAUAAUCAACUCUAAUGUGAGCGGUGGCGAUGUCAACACAUACGUGAACGUAAAUGCUGCCAACGGAGCUAUUUAUGCUGUAAGAUCUUUUAACUAUGAGCAAAUCAAGUACUUUGACUUUAAAGUUCUUGCUAAAGAUGCAGGAUCACCACACUUAGAGAGCAAUUCCACUGUGCGCAUCAGUGUUUUGGAUGUCAAUGACAACAUCCCUGUCAUUGUUUUGCCGCUUCUCCAAAACGACACGGCCGAGAUUCACGUUCCACGAAACGUUGGCGUCGGUUAUAUUGUUACCACAGUGAGAGCAGUGGAUAAUGACUACGGUGAGAGUGGAAGGCUCACAUAUGAAAUAUCGGACGGCAAUGAGGAGCACCUCUUUGAGAUUGAUCCAGUGACGGGAGAGGUGCGAACAGCCCACCCAUUCUGGGACGAUGUGAACCCCAUCGUGGAGCUCAUAAUUCGAGUGUCGGACCAUGGCAAACCAACUCUCACUGCUGCUGCCCGACUCAUCAUCAAGGCAUCCAACGGACGCCCUCCUGAUGGACUGCCGCACAUGAAGGACAAUCAAAACUGGGACAUGUCUCUGCCACUUAUUGUAACUCUAAGCAUCAUAUCCAUCAUGCUUCUGGCUGCCAUGGUGACCAUAGCCAUAAAGUGCAAGCGGGAAAACAAGGAGAUUCGUACUUAUAAUUGUCGAAUAGCAGAGUACUCGCACCCUCAGCUGGGGAAAGGCAAGAAGAAGAAGAUUAACAAGAACGACAUCAUGCUGGUGCAGAGCGAGGUGGAGGAGCGGGAUGCCAUGAAUGUGAUGAAUGUGGUAAGCAGCCCUUCCUUGGCCACCUCUCCCAUGUACUUUGACUACCAGACACGCCUGCCACUCAGCUCACCAAGAUCAGAGGUCAUGUACCUCAAGCCCACUGCCAAUAACCUCAGCGUGCCCCAAGGCCACGUGGGAUGCCACACCAGCUUCACAGGCCCAGUCACCAGCACUACAGACACACCUACUAACCGCAUGUCCAUCAUACAGACGGACAAUUUCCCCACUGAGCCUAAUUAUAUGGGUAGCAGACAACAGUUUGUUCAAAGUAGUUCGACGUUCAAAGACCCGGAGCGAGCGAGCCUCAGAGACAGCGGUCAUGGCGACAGCGACCAGGCUGACAGCGACCAGGACACCAACAAAGGCUCCUGCUGUGACAUGUCCGCAAAAGAAGCCCUCAAGUUGAAGGCAGCAGGCGUCAAACCGCCGCCGUUGGAACAAGGUGAGAGUUUCCUGGCACAUUUGACUGCAUGA